CGAUCCGAGAAUAACAAGGUGCAUUGCACGUAACAGUUCCCGGCAGGGUCCCGAUGACAUCUGAAACGGGUAGCUUCUGGUGAUUUCUUCGCAAGAAAAUACACGUUUCUCUCCUUCCUUUCUAUUUGCUAGGUCUGCUAUUUCAUUCUCUUGCGCAGAGAGAGAGAGAGAGAGAGAGAGAUGAGGAAGAGGGACUUGGCGAUCCUUCUUUUGGCUGCCUUCGCCAUUUUCUUCUCCCUUCAGCGUGAAGGUGAUUUUUCCUUCAAGGAGGCUUGGUUCCAUCUCUCUGAUGACUACCCAAUCAAAUAUGAAGCUGAGCGUCUUCCACCACCGAUUGUAGCUGAUCUAAACGGCGAUGGAAGAAGCGAAAUUCUUGUGGCUACUCAUGAUGCCAAAAUUCAGGUUUUGGAACCCCAUGCUAGACGCAUAGAUGAAGGUUUUAGUGAGGCACGAUUGCUAACAGAGGUGUCCCUGUUGCCUGAUAAAAUCCGCAUUUCAUCUGGGAGACGCCCUGUAGCCAUGGCUGCUGGUGUCAUUAAUCGCAGCCAUAAACAUGGAGAGAUAGUGAAGCAGGUUUUGGUUGUUGUCACAUCUGGUUGGUCGGUAAUGUGUUUUGACCACAACCUCAAAAAGCUCUGGGAAGCUAAUUUGCAGGAGGAUUUUCCGCAUGGUGCACACCAUAGAGAGAUAGCAAUUUCUAUUAGCAAUUACACAUUGAAGCAUGGAGAUGCAGGAUUGGUUAUUGUUGGAGGCAGGAUGGAAAUGCAACCGCAUCUUUACAUGGAUCCAUUUGAAGAUACUGGGAUGGCAAAUAAAAAUGCUGAGCAGCACAGAAGAAGUGCUAACGAGAAAGAGGUCCCUGAGAGCGCUGGAACUGUGGAUUUGCGCCAUUUUGCAUUUUUUGCAUUUGCUGGCCGCACAGGCACACUGCGCUGGAAGAGAAAGAAUGAGAAUCUUCAGCCGCCUUCCUCAGAUGCAUCACAGUUGAUUCCCCAACACAAUUACAAGCUUGAUGCUAAUGCUUUAAAUAGUCGUCAUCCUGGAGAGUUUGAAUGCAGAGAAUUUAGAGAGUCAAUUCUUGGCGUCAUGCCACAUCAUUGGGAGAGGAGGGAAGAUACCUCUUUUAAGCUGGCACAUUUCAGAAGGCACAAAAGGAAAGUAUUGAAGAAAACAACUGGGAAGAAUCCAGCAUACACUUAUCAUAUGCCUGAGGAAAACCAUGCUCCAGGGAAGGAUUCAACUAAUAAGAUUCCAGAUCUGAUUGGAAAAGCUGCAAAUUAUGCGGGUUCAGCAAAAUCCAAGAGGAGGUUACCUUAUGUUCCGACAAUUACAAAUCAUACUCAACUUUGGUGGGUUCCUAAUGUGAUUGUGGCGCAUGAAAAAGAAGGCAUAGAGGCUGUUCAUUUGGCCUCUGGUCGCACUAUUUGUAAGCUUCAUCUUCAAGAAGGCGGCCUCCAUGCUGAUAUUAAUGGAGAUGGGGUUCUAGAUCAUGUUCAGGUGGUUGGUGGAAAUGGAGCAGAGCAGACUGUAGUGAGUGGAUCUAUGGAAGUUCUAAAGCCAUGUUGGGCAGUUGCAACAUCGGGCGUACCAGUGCGAGAACAGCUAUUCAAUGCUUCUAUUUGUCAUCACGGCCCUUUCAAUGUGUUCCAACAUGGAGAUUUUGCCAGAGGCUUUGGUCGAACUGUUGAUGUAAGUUCUCUGGAGGUAGCAACACCUAUCCUUAUCCGAAGAAAUGACGGUCAUAGGCAUCGGAAAGGAAGCCAUGGUGAUGUUGUGUUCCUCACGAACCGAGGAGAGGUCACUUCGUACUCGCCAGGCUUGAACGGUCACGAUGCUGUUUGGAGAUGGCAAUUCAUAACGGGUGCGACAUGGUCGAAUCUUCCAUCUUCGUCCAGGAUAAUGGAAGCUGCGGUGGUUCCCACGUUGAGGGCUUUCUCCCUGCGUGUCAUGGACAACCAUGAGCUGAUCCUUGCUGCAGGAGAUCAAGAGGCUGUGGUGAUAUCUCCCGGUGGUAGCCAGUUAACUUCAAUCGACUUGCCUGCGCCUCCCACACAUGCCGUGAUCCCCGUUGACUUCUCCAAUGAUGGGCUUACAGAUCUUAUCGUUGUGACCUCAAGUGGGGUGUAUGGGUUUGUACAGACAAGGCAGCCAGGUGCCCUAUUCUUUAGCACUCUAGUUGGUUGCCUGAUAGUUAUGAUGGGAGUCAUAUUUGUCUCCCAGCACCUCAGUUCCCUGAAGGGGAAACCUCGAGCUUCCACCGAUUAUAGGUGAAAAUUUGCCUUCUGUUAACAGCAUAUCAGUCCCUCGCAAUGGUCAGGUACUUCAUGGAAGCUUGAAAGUUGAUUCCGUAAGAAAGGCUGCUGCAGAUGUGGAUGCCAGAGAUGGGUUGGCAUCACAAAACGUGGAGGAACCGAGUUGGACUCAAUGCUGCGAGUUUUGGAUUGGCUUUCCUUUCUGACCCUUGUUGUUUCAGUUGUAACUACUGUUUUAUUUCAAUGACAGGUCUGGUUUUAGUAGAAGGAUGUUACAACACUGACGUUGCUAUGUAUUAUGAUCCUUCAUGAGAUAGAUUUAGCUAUAGACACUAUGUUCAAAAAGCAUGGAUGGUUGCUUCUUGAACAUGAGUUGAAAACAUGGUCCAUGUUUGAGUAACAUUGGAGAGGAAUACUCAUUAUGUUAUAAUUAUUAGAGGAAAGAAUAUCCGGCCUUCAUCGCUUGAAAGAUCAUUUGUUUUGUCUUUACAUCUCACAAGAAAUAUUUGCUAACGUUGAGAAAUGGAUGAUCCCUGCCAUCUUUGUGGAG